GAGAGGAGAGUCAGCCUGACAACAUGAGAGCUCUGGUGCUGCUGGUGCUGCCUGUGCUGCUGGUGUGCCUGUCGGUGGGCUGCCUGGCCCAGAAACCCCGGCCAUGCACCUCCCCGCCGCUGCUGACCGGUUCUCUUUCUGUGUCCACCCAGAAUGAGAAGCUGGGGGCCUUUGCCAAAUACACCUACGAUGCUCUGGAACAGAGGAUCCGCCUCUGGGAGUUUGGAUCCUACAACAACAAGACCUUCCACCUGGACGUGCUUCUGCUCUACAAAUAUGGUGUGAUGUACAAGAUCAACUACAGGAACCAGACGUGCUGCAAGAAGCACCUGCACCGAGGCUUCCACCCGCUGGCCGUCCCGCAGGACGCCUCCCUGCUGGGCCAGGCCGUGCUGGGCAGCUCCUCCGGUCCCGGCCAGGGGGUCCUGGUCAACACCUGGACCGGCCAGCUGCACAUGAGGAACACGACAGUGAAGUACAUGAGCACCGUGACGGAGUUUGGCUGCGUUCCCGUCACCACGCUGGUCCACAGCAGCAGGGAUGGAUGGAUGAUCACCAGCUUCUUCAACAAUGUCAUGGGGCUGUCUGAUCCUCAACACCUCAUCCCACCGCGUUUCUGUGAUGACGCCAAGCUGGAAGAAGAGGAAGGGGAGGAGCCGGCCACCUUCUACAGCUUCUUCUAGGAGAUUCUCAUGGAUCUGGCUCACCUGGUGAAUCUUUGCACUGACCUGUCACUUCCUUCAGUCCUUGAUAAAGAAACUUUAAGUGGAUGAAAUCUUUGCCGUCAGCCUAUCUGUUACUCGUUUGUGUAUAAAUCAAGCAUUGUAGAAUUUGAAUUGAGUGCAAUAAGUACAAAAAUGCUCAUGUUUUUUUUUUCAUCAUGUAUGAAUAAAUGCUCCAAAACUUUUUGAGACGUCAUAAAUGAUGUCAGCUUUUGUCAUGGCAACACACUGUGAUUGUGUGGACCUUAAAUGUCUGUUUCUAUAAAGCAUCUCAAUAAAUCAGAGUAUCAUCAAAUA